AUGGCUCCUGUAGGCGGAGGCGGUACCUUUGAGGCAGCCGCCCUGGCCCGUCGUCAAGCUCUCUCCGGUGGCACCGGACCCAUGGCGCUCGUGAAGAACGCGCGGGUGUUUGGUAUCGCUUGCUUUGCAUGUCUGGGUGGUCUGCUAUACGGAUACAACCAGGGUGUCUUCUCUGGUGUACUAACCAUGACAUCCUUCAAAGAGCACAUGGGCGAUUACAUCGACGACCCAGUAACGCUAAAAUGGAACUCCUCAAAGCAGGGCUGGCUGGUGUCUAUCCUUGAACUCGGUGCCUGGCUCGGGACAAUGUACUCUGGCUUCCUAUCCGAGAUCCUCUCCCGCAAAUACGCCAUCCUUAUAAACGUGCUCAUCUUCAUCAUCGGCGUCGUGGUACAAUGCACCGCUGUAACGGGAGCAGGACACAGCGCUAUACUCGGUGGCCGCUUCGUGGUCGGUAUGGGCGUUGGCUCCUUGUCCAUGAUUGUCCCCAUGUACAAUGCCGAGAUUGCGCCUUCAGAGGUCCGCGGCGCACUCGUGGGCCUACAGCAGUUGUCGAUUACACUUGGCAUCAUGAUUAGCUUCUGGAUAGACUAUGGGACCAACUUCAUUGGCGGCACGGGCCGUGGGCAAAAGGACGCCGCAUGGCUUCUGCCACUGGCACUGCAGUUGGCUCCCGCUGUGCUGCUGGGUGCGGGCAUGAUCUUCAUGCCUUUUUCUCCCCGCUGGCUAGUCCACCACAAUCGCGAGGCAGAUGCACGCCGGGUGCUCGCUAGACUGCGUGGACUGCCCCAGGACCACGAGCUGAUUGAGCUCGAGUACGCGGAGAUCAAGGCACAGUCCUUGUUCGAGAAGAAGUCGCUUCAAGAGAACUUUCCGCAUCUGCAGGACAUGAGUGCACUCUCGACGUUUAAGCUGCAAUUUGUUGCGAUUGGAAGUCUGUUUACCACUAGGGGCAUGUUCAAGCGUGUUGUUAUUGCUACGCUUACCAUGUUCUUUCAGCAGUGGACAGUGGCUGAUUUUUGGCAAGGCAUCAAUGCAAUCUUGUACUACGCGCCCACCAUCUUCAAAGGCCUAGGUCUAUCAUCCAAUUCAGUCAGUCUUUUGGCCACGGGCGUCGUCGGCAUCGUCAUGUUCAUCGCGACCAUACCCGCCGUCAUGUACGUCGACAAGUGGGGAAGGAAGCCAGUCCUGAUCGUGGGAGCUAUCGGUAUGGCUCUCUGCCAUUUCAUCAUUGUGCGUACACCUAUCAUUCCACAGCGAAAAGCUGUUCUGACAAUGCAGGCCGCCAUUGCAGCGAGUUUCGAGGACGAUUGGCCAAAUCAUCAAGGCGCCGGUUGGGCGGCUGUGGUCAUGGUGUGGAUUUUCGUCAUUCAUUUUGGCUAUUCGUGGGGCCCGUGUGCCUGGAUCGUUAUAGCUGAGAUUUGGCCAAUCUCCAACCGACCGUAUGGUAUUGCACUUGGUGCAUCAUCCAACUGGAUGAACAACUUCAUCGUUGGCCAAGUCACGCCAGAUAUGCUCGCGCACAUGCGCUACGGUACUUACAUAUUCUUCGGCAUCCUGACGGCCAUGGGUGCCACGUUUAUCUUCUUGUAUUUCCCAGAAACCAAGGGCUUAUCACUAGAAGAGAUGGACAUCCUUUUUGGUUCAGUUGGGACGGCUGAGCGGGAGAAGGAACGCUGGAGGGAGGUUCAUGCAGAGGUGGGACUGACGGACUUGUUGGCUCGCGCGGGCGUGUACCAGGGGAAUAGUGAUCAUGUCAGUGAACUUGGUAAUGAAAAGUCAACGGGUGACACAAAGCAUGAUUAA